CUGCUUCUAAGAGCUUCCAAAACUUACUCUUUUGCAGAAACCUAAAUCUCUCUUUUACCCCAAAAAUAGGAAAUAAAUCCUCCAUUUUUUCACUAAGAAAGAAGAAUUCGAAGGGCACCAUUGUCACAAGAGAAUGGGGAGACAACAGCAAUGGCGGUCAAUUGUGGUCGUGUUGGCAUUGUUGAUGAUCGGAGCCGGAGCCGUUCCCAUCACAUAUCUCGACAGCGCCGUUGCCAAAGGCGCCGUGUGUUUGGAUGGGAGUCCACCGGCUUACCAUUUCGACAAGGGGUCUGGUUCGGGCGUGAAUAAUUGGAUCGUUCACAUGGAGGGAGGAGGAUGGUGCAAUGACAUAGCGUCAUGCAGCGAGCGUAAGAACACGAUGAAGGGUUCGUCCAAAUUCAUGAACAAAGACUUCGGCUUCUCCGGAAUCUUGGGCAGCAAACAGAGCUCCAAUCCAGAUUUCUACAACUGGAACAGAAUCAAAGUACGGUACUGUGACGGAUCUUCAUUCACCGGCGAUGUUGAGGCCGUUAAUCCGUCUAACAAACUGUUCUUCCGAGGAGCCCGAGUGUGGCGUGCGGUGAUCGAUGAUCUCAUGGCAAAGGGAAUGAACAAGGCCCAAAAUGCCAUACUUUCGGGUUGUUCGGCUGGAGCAUUGGCCGCGAUUUUGCACUGCGACCAGUUCCGUGCCAUUCUUCCCUCUUCCGCCAAUGUUAAGUGUGUUUCCGACGCCGGUUACUUCAUCCACGGGAAGGAUAUCUCAGGAGGAUCAUACAUCGAAUCUUAUUACAGUAAAGUCGUCGCUUUGCAUGGAUCUGCCAAGGGCCUGCCUGAGUCUUGCACCUCCACCACGAAACCCGAGCUCUGUUUCUUCCCGCAAUACGUGGCUCCAUCCAUGCGAACACCGCUCUUCGUGGUGAACGCCGCUUUCGAUUCUUGGCAGAUUAAGAACGUUUUGGCUCCGACUGCUGUUGAUAAAAGUAAAGAGUGGAAGAAUUGCAAGCUCGAUCUGAAGAAAUGCACCGCCGCCCAGCUCCAAACCGUUCAAGGGUUUAGGGACCAGAUGUUGAAUGCAUUGGCACCGGUUCAGAGCAUGGCGUCAGGUGGUUUGUUCCUGGACUCGUGCCAUGCUCAUUGCCAGGGCGGAAGCGCGGCUUCAUGGUCCGGCUCCCAAGGCCCCAGUGUCGAUGACACGAAAAUUGCGAAGGCCGUUGGGGAUUGGUUCAAUGACCGGAGCCCAUUCAAGAAGAUGGAUUGCCCAACGUACCCAUGCAACCCAACUUGCCCUGCCGUCUCCUCUGAGGACUAAAUAUUAUGUUUAAUAUUUAUUCUUCAUUUUUUUUUAAUAAAAUUGUCCCUAUUAUUGGAAUUACAAUAUUUAAAAACUAAGCAUGGAAAUUGGAUGUGCGAUGAUUGCUGUUCUGUUCUCAAGCAUUUUUCACUAUUUGUAAUCACAACGAUGGAUUUGAAAAUCUUGUAAUACCGUCGAUAUUUUGCCCAUUUGGAAUA